AAAUUGAAAAGCCACCUUUAACAAUACGUUCAACGAUAGUACUAUGAGUACUACGUUACUUAGUACGAUAAAUUGUGCGCAUUCAACUCGGUACCUAAAUAUUUUCGAAUUGCUUCGUCGGGGAGGACCGAGAAACGACUCUAAUUGAAUGCUUCCAGUUCUAACUUCUACUUCACUCAUCAUUGCUAUUUAUCAUAGUACAUAAGUGAAACAAGUAUUGCGUGUUUAUUACUUUUAUUACGCAUUAGUUUUUGUUUGUUUACGUUGUUUGUGGACAAAGAAAAUACUGUUGUCAUAAUAAAGAAAUGGUAACUCCUUCUGAUUUGAUGAAACGCGUGGGCGAGAGCGGAAAGCUGGUGCCGUUCUUCAAGGCUGUAGGUGUUUAUUUCACCGUGGGUUGCGCCGCACCGUCGGCGUCCGCGGCGGCGCUGAAGUGCGCGCCCGUGAUGUGCCUGCUGGCGUGCGUGGCGACGACCCGGCGCGGGGCGCACGGGAGGCGGGUGGCGGCCGGGCUGGCGCUGUCGGCGGCCGGCGACGCGCUGCUCGUGUGGCCGCAUCUGUUCGUGGCCGGCAUGGCGGCGUUCGCGGCCGCCCACCUCGCCUACAUAUCCGCUUUCGGGCUGCGGCCGCUGCGGGCGCGCGGCGCCCUGUUGGCCUACGCCGCCACGGCGUUAUACCUGCGCGCGCUAACACCGCCGCCGCCUCUGCGCGCUCUCGUCCCGGCCUACGCGGCGCUCCUGGCCACGAUGGCGUGGCGCGGCGCGGCCACUCCGGGCCCGCAGCGCUACGGGGCGCUGCUGUUCCUCCUGUCCGACGCCAUCCUCGGGUACGGCCUGUUCGGCGGGUCGGUGCCCUACGAGAAGGUGCUGGUGAUGACGAGCUACUACUCGGGGCAACUGGGCAUCGCGCUGAGCGCUCUGCGGCGACCUGCCGACGCUCGGCACUAGCGUUGAAUUCUCGAUAUUAUCAAGGAGACGCAAGCGUUAUAUUUAAGUAUUUAGAUAGUUAAACGAAGCCAAACAUACGCCAAUGAAGGGCGACCAUCUUCUGGUAAUUGAUAUAUUGUUAUUUCAGACCAAUCGAGGUGUUCGGUACCGUUAGUGAAUAAGACUGAAAGCGAUAGUCUAUAUAUCGUACAAUCUUUGAAUAGUAUUAAUAUUUUGUAAAUAUUGUUAUAUAAAUUGUUUACAUUCCAAUUUUAAAAUGAUUUGGCCUAAAAUCUAUUUUGUCAAUGUACUUAUAUAUAAUGUUAUAUACUCGGUAAGAACAUACAAAUAGAAAUCAGAAAAGCGCAAAUCGAGCGCAGUUAUACAUAUCUAUUGUGAUCGUUCACAUGUGACAAAGGAUAUAAUAUAUAAUAAGUGCCGAGCGAUUAGUCGCAGCAUUCGUCUUUGACGUGUUAGGAGAGGUUGAAUUAUUUAGUACCUAAGUGUUGCAAUCUUCCAUAUUUUUAGUUGUUUAUCAAUAAACCAUAUCCACGAA